AUGAGCUCAUCAACGAACGCGGCCUUGCAGGCCAUUCGACCUCGGAUGCUUGAGCUGCUUCUGAAGUAUCAGGAGGACGGGCAGGUGUGUAAGGCAUGGAACGACAUUGUCGAGCUGCUCCAGACCAGCGAGCAUCUCCUUUGGACCCAGCAGGCCAACACCGCACCCUACGCCAUUGCCCUCAACAAGGGCUCGGCCUUUUAUGAGGAACUCACCCAGUUCAACGCCAACUUGACCGAGACCAGCGGCCUCGAGCCCCUGCAGGAUUUGAUGCUUGCCAGUUUCGGAGGGACGCAUUCGAACAUCGCGUUGAGGGCAGUGCAAUCCAAACUGACGUGCGCUGACACCUCGAUCGCGCCUGCUGGCUUCCUGGACCCUGCCUUUCUAUCCAACAAGCACCCUGGCUUGAAGGAGGCCCUGUCACAGGGCCUGACUUGGAGGGUCAUCGCGUCAGAGGUCGCCGAAGCUUUCCCCGACAUCCUGACCAUAGGCAUUGCCGCCCUGAACCACACCGCGAAUAGCGAGUGCAGCGAGCUCGAGGGCCUCCUCACUCUCCACACGGUCUUCCAGCAGUCGGUCGCCGCAGGUUGCGAUGAGAAUUCGGCCUGGGAGCAAGCCCACGCCGCCGCCGUGAAGACCGAACCGUUUUGGUCGCAGUGGAGUCGGUCCUUGGUGCGCUUUGCGGAGGUCUGCUCCGCCGAGCAGCUGCACGAGGUCAUCGACGGGAAGUGUUGUUUUCUCAAGGAAUCGGACAUCGGGCGGUUGAGCCAGAAGGCGAACCUCGAAGCCGUCGAGAUUGCCGAAGGGAUGACGGAGAAGUCUCGGGAAUGGCUGCAAAGCUUCCAGCUGCCGCGGUCGACCAUGCUUCAGCUGAUAUGUUCGCACGACAUGAGGCUCCUGUGUUUCAUCAUCAAGAAGGGUAAAGCGUCCUCGGAGGGUAUCGACUACCCCAGCAUUGAGGCCGCGUCACAGGUUCUAGUGAACGAGCUGCGCGAGCUCACCAAGGGUGACGUCCCCAACCCGUGGCUGAAGCACAGGCUGAAUGGCAAGCAGGAGCUAAAGGUGAUGGAACAGGUCUCUGGAUCGCAAGCCACCCCCUUGAUGAAGAUCGGCGAAAUGAAAGAUCGAGUCUCGAAUAUGAAUAAGCAUGGUUUCUUCGUAGGAGGCAUUUGCAAGAAGAAAAAGCAGAGCCCCGACGCGCCGAUCCAACUGUACAAGAUUGACCAGAUGGACUCGACAGUUGCAAGUUUGGUACCUACCGGAGUCCGCGCGUCUGGUAGCCAUCUAUCCGUGGCAUUGUACGCGCUGAAGGAGGAGUGGGCACCUACGAGCGCCAAGGUCCAAGAGCUAGUCAACUACCAGCUGUGGACGCCUGAGCAUUCGCAGUCCUGGAUGGUCAAGUUCGCCAAAGCCAACCUGCUGGCAGCGCUUCACGCCAUGAGCGAGAAGAUGAUGGCUAGCGAUGUGUAUAGUGGUCUCGACAUCUUCGUGACGCCCUUUGCGGUUAAGGCAAAAAAAGACUUCGGCGUCAAUUGCCUUAACCUGGCGCCUGUCACCGACACCAUCAAGGAGAGGAACGCCACCGAGAAAGCCAGCGACAAAGCCAUCGACCUUGGCCAAGUGAUCGCUGGAUUGCCUGUCAGCUUCAGCCUGGUUCCCCACAUGGUGGUGAACAAGCCAGACGGGAACUUCUGCACGCCAUUUUGGGCCGUGCAGCCAGCCCCCGACAAAGUAAAGGGGAACAUGGAUUACGUCAACAAAGCGCUCAACAUGACAAUCGAUCAAGACGGAAAUCAGAUUGGCAAGGUUGCUGUGACGAUACCUGUAAUGACCAACACCGUCGCUGUCAAGGCUGGCGACAUACUCCACCUCGUCAGGAAGCGUGGCCUGAAGAGGCGCGACAGCGGUGAGUCCGCAAGCGGUGCAGGCGUGAGCCGCAAGAAAAAGUAG